AUAAAUGCAUCACCAGCGAGCUGCUGAAGGACAUCCCCCUGCCAGGGGUGCUGGGGGGCAGCCUGAGCGCCGAGGCCGAGCUGCUGAAGGGAGGCCCGCUCCCCUCCCCAAAAGAGCUCAUCAACGGGAACAUCAAAACCAUCACGGAGUAUCGUGAGGAGGAGGAUGGGCGCAAGGUGAAGAUCAUCCGCACCUUCCGCAUUGAAACCAGGAAGGCCUCCAAAGCGGUGGCCCGUCGGAAGAACUGGAAAAAAUUUGGCAACUCGGAGUUUGAUGCCCCUGGCCCUAACGUGGCCACGACCACUGUGAGCGAUGACGUCUUCAUGACCUUCAUCACCAGCAAGGAGGACCUGAACUGCCAGGAGGAGGAGGAUCCCAUGAACAAACUGAAGGGGCAGAAGAUCGUCUCAUGCCGUAUCUGCAAGGGCGACCACUGGACUACCCGCUGUCCCUACAAGGACACCCUGGGGCCGAUGCAGAAGGAAUUGGCCGAGCAGUUGGGGCUGUCCACAGGCGAGAAGGAGAAGCUGCCCGGAGAGCCAGAGCCGGUGCAGGCUCAGCAGAGCAAGACGGGCAAGUACGUCCCCCCCAGCCUGAGAGACGGAGCCAGCCGCCGCGGGGAGUCCAUGCAGCCCAACCGCAGGGCCGACGACAAUGCCACCAUCCGUGUCACCAACCUGUCCGAGGACACGCGUGAGACUGAUCUCCAGGAGCUGUUCCGGCCUUUCGGCUCCAUCUCUAGGAUCUAUUUAGCCAAGGACAAGACCACCGGGCAGUCUAAGGGUUUCGCCUUCAUCAGCUUCCACCGCCGGGAGGAUGCGGCCCGGGCUAUUGCCGGUGUUUCCGGAUUUGGCUACGACCACCUGAUCCUCAAUGUGGAAUGGGCCAAACCUUCCACCAACUGA